UGGCUUAAAGUAAGGCACUACUUAGCAACAACUAUAACAUCUGUGGGUUAUCAGCAUUAUUCUCACACUGAAUCCAACACACAGCACUGUACUGGCUACUAGGGAGAAAAUUAACCCAGUCCCUUCCAGAAUCAGGAGAGCAGUUGACUGUUUCCUCUCCCCCCUCCCGCCCCCUCCACUUCCACUCCUGACCACUCAGUAUCCAUGGAACUCAAUGACAUCACAGACAUUGGAAUGUUGGUUGUUCCAGCUGUUGUCCAGAGCCAAAACAUAGAGGUGUCUGGUCCUCCACUCUCUCCUGAUCUCCCUCCUGUUCUAGACGGAGGGAUUUUGGCGGCUGCCUCUUCUCCCACAGGCAUCAGUGAGGCUGCAGAGGUUGACACUGCUUGUCAGUGUCACCGGCCUGCGUGAUCUAGGCUCCAGGAGGAUAAUUUGGAUUCUCCCACUUGCUGCAGCCCAGAGCACCCUGAAAAAUGUCAUGGCCACUUGGCAUCUCUGGGCCAGUGGUGAGUGUCUUACCAGAAUCUCAAGGCUUGGAAGAUGAUGAUGAUGACGACAGUGACAAAUUCAGGUACUCCUGCCACUCUGCGCAUUCUUCACCCCCGAACAAGAGCAAUGACAGCUUAGAUGACAGUCAGACAGAGGAUCUGAGAGAACCCAUCCCAUUUUCCCUAACUCCCAGGCACUCUAACAUGGUGGAAGGUGAACAAGUGGAGCUUGAAGAGGAAAAUCAGGAGUUUCAGGAACCAUUUUACAAAGACCAUUUUAAAAAGUCUGACAACUUGUCUGGAGAUAAGGAGCCCAGCCCGACCCAACAUUUUCCUGGGCAUCAGGGGUCGCCUGGUCUCCAAAGGGCCAGUAUGGCACCGUGUGGCUCCCAAGACUCUUUCCAGAGUAACACAGACCAGCACUUGGAGAUGGAGGCUGCUGCCCCACAGGCCCAUGCCAGUGACCCCUACGUGGGGCCUUCACAGUGCACCACGGGAGCAGAGCCCCACAUGCUGCACAAGGAGGCCAUCUGGGACAGGGAUUUCCCAUCCCUGCAGCUGACCUACAGCAUCCUAAGGGAGGAGAACAGCAUGAUCAGGGAGGAAAACAAAGUGCUCAAGGAUAAGAAUCUCGCACUCGAAGAGGAGAACUACGUGCUCAGGGAGAUUUUCUAUGGGCUCAGGGAGGACAAUGUUGUGCUCAUGGAGGAGAAUGUCGUGCUUAGUGGGGAAUACAACAUGUUCAGGGAGCAGUAUGACAGGCUUAAGGAUGAGAAUGACACACUCAGGGAGGACAAUGCCACGAUCAGGAGAAUGUUUAAGAACUUCCAGAGCAGCUUGGAGACCCAGGCGUGCAUGGUGUCAAGCCUGCAGGAGCAGCUGAAAACUAGCCUGGUUGAACGGAAGAGGGAAGCCCGAGAGCUCGAGUCCGUAGUCCAGCAGACUAAGUGUAAUCUCCAGCUAAUGACCCAGCGGGCUCUGGAUGCAGAAGGAAACAUGGAGAGGCUGAAGCAGAAGAUCUUUAUUCUCCAAGGACAGCUGGAGAGAUCCAAGCUGGAGAAUGAAAACCUGAGAGCAGACCUGCCUGAGAGCAGCAAAGCACGACUUGGACUUCACGUGGCAAAACCCCCACAAGCUCAUAAUGGGCGCAAAUGGUUCCAUCAGGCAGCUCCUGCCUCAGGAAUGAAGGUUCUGCCUGUUAUUGCUGAGGUCCUUGAAUCUACCAGCAAAAUUCUCAAAUUGUAAGCAGAAAAAGACCUAUGAGUGCAAUUCUGUGUGAGUUCUAUGGAUGAGUGUAUGAACUGAGAUCAUGGGUCUCCUACUUGCAGCUAUUUGCUGUAAAUAAAAGCAUUUGCUUUUCCAUUCUCAAA